GGGAUAGGAGUAGAGUAGAGAAAUGGAAGCCUGAACCCCAGUUAGCACAAAGACCCAACUUAGUUAAAAGACUGGGCUGGCCAAGAUACAACCACCCCCACCAAAUCCCCAUUAAGUCUCGCUAUUACUUUAACAUUUGAGAAUAAGACGCAAAUGAUAGCCAAAGCUUGAGCAUUAAAUACUUUGUUUCUAAAGGAAUAAAGAAAAUUCACUCAUCUGCCAAAGUCCAGCCAUUUAUUUUCCAUGAGAAGGUAAUCCACCAUCCCUCUGUGUGUUUCACUCAAUAACCAACUCUCAAUAUUCUGAACUUAACAAAAAAAUCCCCUUCUAUGAUACAUGUCACACUUAAGAGUUCGAAAUUUGAGCCGGAUCUGAGGUCAAAGAUUGGUCCACCUAAGUCCGUCCUAGCCGGCAUAGAAUGAAGACAAAAGAAUGUAAUAUCAUAGGAUUCAAGAUAAGGCAGCCGCAUGGAGAAGAAAGUUGAUGGAAGUUGGUAUAUCCUCUCAGACCAACUCUCUCUUGGUAGUUGUAGAAGCAAUAGACCAAGAUAGCAUGACAAAGGCCUGCAUGCAUAUGAGCAAGUUAUAACGAAACCCCCCUAUCUUCAUGAAGGUUUCAGCCAGUAUCAAGGUCCUCAUGGCAAAGCUUUUGGCUCUGUUUUUGCUGUUGAUUUCUAAUUUAGUUGGAGCACCUGGUGAGCUCUCUCCAUACUACUACGAAGAGUCAUGUCCCCUCGCAGAGGAGAUCGUGAGGCAAGUUGUCACAGAAGCAGUUUACAGAAAUCCAAGGAUUGCAGCCUCUCUUCUUCGCCUUCACUUUCACGAUUGUUUCGUUCUGGGAUGCGAUGCUUCGCUUCUUUUAGAUGAUGCAGGUGAUAUAGUCAGUGAAAAAAAUGCUGUGCCAAACCUGAAUUCUGUGCGAGGUUUUGAUGUGAUCGACCGAAUAAAGGCUGUGCUAGAGGAGGCAUGCCCAUUAACUGUGUCGUGUGCUGACAUUCUUGCCAUUACAGCUCGAGACUGCGUCCAUUUAAGAGGUGGUCCGAGGUGGGAGGUACUCUUGGGGAGAAAGGACUCUCUGAAAGCAAGCCUUACUGCUGCGAACCAAAUGAUACCUGCUCCAAAUUUCACACUUGAAAUGCUCAUUUCCAACUUUCAAGCUCAGGGGCUUGACAUAGUAGACUUGGUCACUCUCUCAGGCAGCCAUACCAUUGGAAGGUCAAGGUGUACAAGUUUCAAACAGAGGUUGUAUACUCCACAACCAUAUCUAGAGCUGGACUAUCACCGCAGGUAUUCAGUCUUUUUUAGUGCAUUGAGGUCCAUGUGCCCUGCUUCAGGGAGGGACAAUGUCUUGGUUCCCCUUGACCUGAAGACUUCGAGGAGGUUCGACAACCAGUAUUUCUUCAACCUCCUUCGAGGAAAUGGAUUGUUGCAGAGCGACAAUGAGCUUGUUUCUGAGUACCCAGAGGCAGAAGUGCUGAGUCUGGUAUGGGCCUAUGCAUCUAAUCAAGAACUAUUUUUCAAGCACUUUGCAAACUCAAUGAUAAAGAUGGGGAACAUCAAUGUACUCACCGGAGAUGAGGGAGAAGUCCGGCAUAACUGUCGCCAUGUGAAUGCAUAUUACCAUUGAACAGGAGAUUAAACAAUAGCAAAUUCAUAUCAGUCAAUGACAGUAUUGUUUUCAAGUUUAUAUUUACUACAGAGGUUGUUAUCAACCUAGUCAUAGGAAUGGAUUGUGUGGUCUAACCAAAUGAAACAUGUUGAGCUGGUUUAUGUUAUAUAUGACUAUUGAUUGUUGCAUGAAAUAUGGAUACCUGCAAUUUUUCCAACUGAUUAAAGAAUAGUUUCUAUAUAGUUCAAUUGUAAUUUGGUAGAUACUCUCUAAACUUUGCACUUGUUUGUUUCUUCUAUAAUAUGCAAGGGUAUUCAUUAAAGACUCAUCGUCCUCUCUAGUUCACAAUGAGGGCCUCACAGGCUUCAAGACCCAUAGUCGCAAUAUCCUGCAACCAAGAUGAAUAUAUCUUUAACUACAAUGCCUCUCAUAAAACCUCAAAGGUCGUUAAUUCAUUUUUUAUCACCAGAUAAAAGUUAGAAAUCCUACCUUUUUGGCUUGCUAAUUUCUAUAACUUUCUUAAUUGAAAUUUGAAAAUGCCCUAAUAUCAUCCACUAAAGAGAUUUAAUUGUGAGAACUCUCAGAACAUAUUCACAUUUUCUACACUUUUCACAACAUCUAAUACACAAUCAUUCACCUUACAAAUGUUCUCUUCUUGAUAGGGAUGUGUGUAAACUAGCCAUUGAGAUGAACCCCUUGUACUUCUCAGCUUGACACAUGCUAGGUCCUCCAAGAAAGAAAGCACAAGGAAUAGGUUGAGGGUGUUAUACUCCUGGGAAGCUAGAUCCUGAAAUCCUAGGCCAUGUUGAAUUUUUUUUUUAAAAUUUAUCUUUUAACAAUCUCAUAUACUUAUAUUUUAUUUUCCAUUUGAUUUUGUUAUUUAAACUUUGAAGUAUAACUCAUGAAAGAAGUUUGCUCCAAGUUGUUUGAUUUGUCUCCAAUCACCAACAUCAUCAAACCACAAUUUAGUCAAGGAAAAAGCUUCACAGCACUACUCCAUAUUCCAAUAAUUUUUCGAAUGCAGCACAAUCUGUAAUAUAUUAAUUGCAUACAGAGAGUUGGAGACUCAUCAGGAACAAUCUUGUUUCAUUUUUAAAAAAAAAAUAUUAACAUUAGUCUACUUCCUUUCCAUGCCACAAACUAACUUUUUAGAGCUUUGCUCCUCCACUCCACAAAAAGAUUUGCCAAAUUACAAUCUAAGGAAUUGCAUCUAUUCAUUGCCAUCAUACAUGAAAAUGACUUAUACCAAUCCGAAGAGAUUUAACUACUGAGAUCUUGCGGAGACAUAUCUUUAGAUGAUUUUGCUAAGAAAGAAAAGCAAAAGCUAUACUAGAAUUUACCACAAAUGAUGGCUUCUUAAUAUGACUUCUGGUAAGAGAUGUAAUCUAUCAAAGCUUUGACCUAACAUAUAUUUUAUCAGGCUUGGCCUCGUUUGACUCAAUUCAAGCUUAAUCAGGCUUAUAACCUAGCUUCUAAUAUUUUGCAAUGUGCAAGGUAAACACCAGCAUCCCAAUUAUAUUUCUGGUUAUCCGCUUUCUUAAGCGGUCUUUAUACAUCAGAAUAGCACCCUCAAACGGAACAAUGAAGCCAAAAACUCAUCUAUCCAUUCAUAUCAAUUAAAACAUUCAUAAUAACACUAUAGUAAGCAGAGAUUCACCCAGUGUAUUGAUUUGAUAGUCUCCAAACAUAUCAGCUGAUAAGAUAUGGAAAGAACAAAUAAUAAAGUAAUAUUCACAUAAAUAUUUGUCUAAACUAGAAUUUUUUUACUUUCGAAGGUAAAACUCUUCUUUCUUUUGCUUUUUCAAAUAAAAAAGGAAUUAUAAUGCAAGAGUAAAGCGAAGAUUCUCAGUGACAAAAGCAUCCCAAAGAUUGGAGUUAAUUCUUUACCAAAAAAAAAGAUUGGAGUUAAUUAAAACAGAGUUUGGUUUCUUAAAACUGAGUUUGUUUGAUGUGACAAUAAAACCUUAUACAGUUAAAGGUACAAAACAUAAGCUAAUAUCUCAACAUAAUUUGAACUGUGGAAAGAAGAAAAAAGUUUGAUUUGAAUUGUGGAUAUGAUGGGGGGCGAUCAGAACCUGUCGGGAUUUCAUGACUGCAUCACUUGCAAUCAUCAGUGGAUUGACAGACCAUGAAUUUUCACAUCACCUCGGACCCCCAAAAUCAGAUAUUUAAAGAAAAAAUUCAACCUUUAUUGUUGGAUUCGAUUUAAAAGAUUAAGAUAAUAAAAUGACCAUCGA